AAAGAAAAAAAAAAAAGCUGCCUCGAGUUUGUUUUUUUUUACUGGCAAACAAGGCCUUGUGUCACCGUCACGUUUGAGAAAACUUCAGCAGUAACCUGGAGGAGCUGGGGGGUCAAAGUGUCAACCCUGCUGCUUUAGAGCCUCGGCCUCAUAUUUCUUCAUGGGAAUGAAUGUGAAUGCCGCUGCUAAACAGGCAUGAGGGACUUCAUUCUUGACUUUGAAUAUUUAGCUGAAGGAUUUUGUUGGUAUUUUCUGGAGGCCUUUGAUUUUUUUGCAGAGGAAUUCACCGCGUUUUGUUUGAUACUUACCUCCACAAUUGAGGAGUUGAUACGCUUCCUCUUUUGUCUGAUCUUGAUUGCAUAGAUUCAAAGCUUUGAACUCAGUUAAACCAUUUAUUAUAGAAGAGAGUGAUUUCAAGCUUAGUUAGAUAAAGUGAGUGUUGAAAAUUUGGUCCAGUGAUUAGCUAAAUUGGUUGGUUGCACACUGACGCUGGCAUCUAUGGGUUCCAUUCAAUAUACUGUUCAUUAUUGUUGUGUUUCUAGAGGUAAUAGGACUCUGUAUGUGUAUACUGAGGGAGAUCGUGAAAUUGAGAAUCUGGCUGUCUUGUGUUUGGAAAGGACACCCCCUUUCCAUAAGUGGUAUUUUGAGACAAUAGGUAAAAGGACAUUUGGAUUUUUGAUAGAAGAUGGAUAUGUGUAUUUCGCAGUUGUUGAUGAAGGUCUUGGAAAUCCAGGUGUACUUAAAUUUCUUGAGCAUGUGAGAGAUGAGUUCAAGAAAGUAGCGAGAAAAAGUUCACGGGGAAGUUUUUCAGGACUAAAUUCAAUCAAUGUACAAGAGCAAUUAGUCUCUGUUAUCCGUCGGUUGAUAACUUCUUUGGAGCUUGUGUCUAAUAGUAGCAAUAAUCAGAAGACUGAAAAUCCUUCCACAGAACUUGUUGGCUUCCCUCCAACACCGGAUAUUGCAAAUGGGCAAACUGAGGUUGCUAGUUCUACCAAAGCACCAUUAUUGGGAAAGUCUAGCAAGCAAGACAAGAAGAAGACCAAGGAUCAUGUGAUUGCACUAAGAGAUCUCGAGUUGGAGGAGCAUCGAAAAUCAACUGAUAGAGGAGUCAAGGCUGAUGUAACUCUUGAUUUUAGUAACCCAGGUGGAGCAACUUCCUCUAUGUCAUCACAGAAGGACUUGGGGUCAACGAGGGUCAGAUCUGGCUCUCAAAGCAUUCGGAAGAAGUGGUGGCGCCAAGUACGGGUUAUUCUUGCUAUUGAUGCAGCUGUUUGUUUAAUACUCUUUGCUAUUUGGUUGGCAGUCUGUGAAGGUAUCAAGUGUACCCGUACAUGAUACAUGAUUAAAGUUAGAGAAUUGGAUUUCCUUUACUUUAAAGACUGCGUAUCAAAGUAUAUAUACUCUUAGAGGACCAGUUUUUAAACCAGUUAAAGCAACAUAUUUUAUAGAUAAGUUGUUUGAAGGUAUGUGCUUCAAAUUUCACUUCUGGUGGCAUGAGAUUUAGGGAAUUCUCUGUACAGCUUCAUAUCUUUGUAUUCAAAGCAUUUUUAUGAGAGUUCUUUUGUUGGAGUGCUUUUGGACCUCUUCGUAGAUAUGUAUAAGCUGUUUUCUUUCGUGUAUCAUGUAUUCAUUUAAACUAUUCCUGCAUUUAUCUAAUCUUGGGCCCACCAGAUAUGUAAUCAGUAUCUCCAUUCUUUAUCUGAUUCAUGAUCUUAAAAUAUUUCCUGCUA